GCUACAUACGGAGUAUUUACUUCUAAAUGAUGUUCUUCCAUUCAAGAUUUAGGAUCUUCCGAAUGACCACAUUAUAUAUAUCUUGCCAUGGAGAUGAGUUAAUUAACUUCAUCUUUAAUAAUUUGUAAGUUUUCGAUAAGUGUCAAAACAAGGGUGGUUCGAAAUCUCAAAUGGAGUAUCCUAUUAAAAGAGUUAAUGACAAAUCAUUGAGAUGUCUUAUAGAAAAUUACCAGAUUACUAUUUUAAAUCCAUGCCGGCGAGGAAAGAAACUGCUAGUUCUUGAUAUAGACCACACUCUAUCUGAUCAUACAACGUCAGAAGACCCCAUGAGACCAUAUCUACAUGAAUUUCUCUCGGUCACUUACGCAAAGUAUGAUAUCAUUAUCUGGUCUGCAUCCAGAAUGAAGAAGAUUAAGUCCAAACUAGAACAACUUGGAGUUAUUAAUAGCCCCAAUUAUAAUAUAGUCACACUUCUUGAUCGUAAGGCAAUGUUGAUGACUAGCAACAUAAUAAAAGAUCGUGACAGUGGCAGGUCAUUUACUACUUGCAAGCCCUUACAUCUAAUUUGGGCCAAAUUUUCAGAGUUUUACGACCCGAGAAACACUAUAAUGGUGGAUGAUAUGGAGAAGAACUUUAAAAUGAAUCCACAGAAUGGUCUGACCAUAAAGGCAUUCUGGAAGCACAACUAUGCUAAUGAUGAGGAACUCUGUAAACUUGCCCAAUAUUUGCUUGCCAUUUCUGAACAUGAUGACUUAAGUUCCCUCGAUCACAAAUGUUGGGAGAAAUAUUUAACGAAGAGUGCAUAAACAAUGGUAGAGCUCGUCCUCCUCCAGAACCACCUCCGUACCAUGAAGAAUUUUGUGGGCUCCCAACCCGUCGCGAGGGCUGAUGAUUUCUGCAGAAAAGGGAGGAUGUUGGAGCUUGUCUGUGGUGAUCAAGAUUCGACUUAAUUUACACGUUUUUAUUUAUUUCGUUUGGUUGUUGGUUUCCAAGAACAUGGUUGUUUCCGUUUCUGUUGUUUUUUGUUUGCGAACUCUUACAUUAGGUGGGGAUGAUAAGGAUUCUGCUUUAACUAUGAUAGGCUCAUGUAGACCCGUUAUAGGAUCAGCGAAUCAUAUUGCUCUGUCUAGGGUGAUUGGUUCUCCGGCUGGUUCGAGGGUUGAUGGCUGGGAGUGGUUUCUUUAUCUUUGUUAUGCCUCGCUGAAUGUUCUUUUAUCAAUAUAAGCCGCCUUUUUCCAAAAAAAAAUAUUAUUACAAAGGCCUAUUGUAAAAUGCAGAAGUAGGCACACCUCCUUUGUGCAAAACCAGAACAUCGGGGAAGCCGAAGAGAAAGAGCAACUCUUCUACUAGGGAAAUUGAGACAAAAUGGAAGUGCAGGAGGUGCAUACAACAUGGGCAUAACCAGAAACCUUGUAAUAAUCCGAUACCUUUAUAGAUGGUUGAGAGGCUUGUUUUU